CAAUUCUCAAGUCUUGUCACAAAUUAUGGGUCACCUAAGUGGAUUUAAUAUAGAUACACUGAUAAUCAUACUGAAAUUAGAAUCUUCACAUGGCAUUGUCACAUUACUUAGAAAAAAAUACAUAAAUGUUCUUUGUUUUACUUUCUAAUUACUUAUGAAAUAUCUUACAUAAAUGAUUAAUUUAUUAUCUCAAUGAAAAAAUAAUGUGAUGGAUGCUAUCUCUAACAAUCUCUGAGGAAACAACUUGUAUCUGUAAAAUAUUUUACAUGGACAAUCUUGCAUAAUGUGACCUUGUUAUUAAUGAACCUGCCGCUUUGUAGGAUGCUAAUUUAAUUAUACCUCGCAAUCGUUUAAUAAUUUAACUUUUCUGUUCCCUUAGCAACUUGUUAUCUGUGCUGUACCUUAAACAUUCAUUUACCAAUCGUUAGUAUUAAAAGGAUAGCGCGCAAAGUCUACAUAUUUCUAUGGGAAUGGUAGUAGCGCCGGCAUGGUCAUUGCCACAGAAUGUAUAUGCAAAUUAAGCGCAUGCUUAAUGUCUGCAUUAAUAACAUGUCUUUCGAAAUCAAAUAAAAAUCGUCUAAGAUACAUACGAGACCUGUGUAUAAGACGAUAUAAACGAGAAGAUAUUCGUUGAUCCAAGAAAUAUAUUGAAGAAAUUAUGAAAAUUAAAUAUGUAUAAAAUAAGAAAAUCGCGAAAAACACAAGCAUCUCGCAAAGGAAAAUUUAGCCUAAGAAUUUUACACCAAAUCAUAAACUUUGUUAAUUGCAACGCGAUUUAAAACAUGCGACCAGCGGUAGGCAAGGCAGAUAAAAAGCGAGAAAAAAAGACUAAAGAACAAAGGGAACAGGAAGAAGAGGAACAUGCUCGAAUGUUGAGAAAAGAGCAGCUGAUGCGCGAGAUCAAGCUCGGUGCUCUGACUACAAAGCGUUAUCGCACGCUAUGGCGGGAAAUGAUGAUGAGGAUCAAAAUGCCACAGAUCAUCGAGGAUGUGGAGGUCGCAUGGCGCAAUUUCGACCGAGCUCUUGACAUCAAGGACUACAGAAUAAGUUUAUUAAUGGACGAAUUAGCCGAGGCCGAAGAGCAGUAUCAAAGAAAUGUACGAUCACAUAUUGAAACCAUUGAUCGAUUAUUAAGAUCAUACAAAAAGAAAAUGGAACGCGAAGAACAGAAUUAUAGAGCGACUUUAAAUGAGAAGCUUGAUCAGAAAGACAUUGAAGUCAAUAAAAUUUGUCAUCAGCAAAAUGAGAAUGAGAUCUUCCUACAAUUAGUAACUCACAACGUUCAGCAACAACUGAAAGAAUCACUAAACAAUCUUAAGAGCAUUGCAUUAAGUAAAAUCGAUGCAUUUGUGGCGGACAGUAAGGAUAUUCGUCGAUUUUCUGCAACUCAACUUGAGAAUCAGUUGCGAAGCUUCUGGGAGGAACUGCGACAAGUAUUGUCAGACUACCAGAAUAUGCGAGUUAAUAUUAGUCAGUAUGACAUCAUACCAGAAACGAAGGAUCGCCGAAAUCAUUAUGAACCACUUAAAGAAAAAGACGGAAAAGAUCAACAAGUGAUAGCACAACAAUUAUUACGUACGGCGAGUCUUUUCGAAGAAAUACAGAAAUUCCGAAGCAAAAUAACGACGUACGAUGCGGCGACUAACAGAGAGAUUUCUGAAAUUCUAGCGGAAUACGAUUUUUUUCAAAAAGUCUACUGGACUGUAAAAAAUCGUUUCCUCUUCGGUGCAUAUUAUUCUUUAAUUCUUUGGUUUACUGAGAAAUGUAAAACAAUUUCAGAACAGGCGAAAGACAAAGAGCAAUUGAAGAUACUGUCUAUCGAGUACAAUAAGACGAUAAAGCAUUUAGAGCGUCUUGUAAAUAAAGGCAAACGACUGCUCACGCUGAUGCAAAUCUGUCGCAAAUAUGAGACGCAAUACGAAAAGAUACUUCCCUUUGUUGAGAGUGCAGAAGAUUCAACAACUUCCACGUCACAUCAAAAUGCUACUCCGCCAGAUAUCCGGGAUGUCUCUCACCAGAUUAUGAAUUAUCAAGAUUUGACAAAUUUCUGGCGACGAGUCGGUCUUGCACAAAUGAUUACUAUGCAAUUGCGAUCGGAGAGAGAUAAAUUGAAGAUUGAGGCAAAUCAUUUACGCAAAUGUCUUAAUUCCUAUAUGAUGCAGAAUAAGUAAUAGCAAAAAUAUACAAAAAGUGUAGAAUAUAUACUUUCUGAAAACUCACUCGUAACAUCAUAUUUUCCGUGUUCUUUCAGAUGUACCUGCAACGACCCGUAAUUAAUAUCGCUACGCUGAAUAAUUGCAAUUAUCGUGGCAAUUUUUAUCGUAUACAUGUGAGAAAUUUUACAUCAUUAAAAAGCAACAAAAUUGUUUUAAACAUAAAAUAGUAUUUUCUGUCUCACUCGCUCUUGUUGGCAAUAUAGAAAUAAUAAACUGCAAUUAUUUAUAUUAUUUUAUAUAUAAAAUGCAACAUUUACAGAUAAAGAUUAUAAAGACAGUCCAACUAUCACUAAUAUCAAAUUUUAUAAUUUGUCUAGAUUUGUGAUCAGGGAUUAUAAUUUUACUGCUUGUCGGUACAAUAAUUUGUAACCGUACAUUAGUUACCAUAUAAACCGUUGAUGAAUUAUGAAAAAAUGCGUAUGAGAAA